GUUACCAUGGACCUGCGCCAGUUUCUCAUGUGCCUGUCGCUGUGCACAGCCUGUGCCUUGAGCAAGCCCACAGAGAAGAAGGACCGGGUCCACCAUGAGCCUCAGCUCAGCGACAAGGUUCACAAUGAUGCUCAGAGCUUUGAUUAUGACCACGAUGCCUUCCUGGGUGCUGAAGAAGCAAAGACCUUUGAUCAGCUGACCCCAGAAGAGAGCAAAGAAAGACUUGGAAAGAUUGUAAGUAAAAUAGAUGGCGACAAGGACGGGUUUGUCACUGUGGACGAGCUCAAAGACUGGAUUAAGUUUGCACAAAAGCGCUGGAUUUACGAGGAUGUAGAGCGGCAGCGGAAGGGGCAUGACCUCAAUGAGGACGGCCUCGUUUCCUGGGAGGAGUAUAAAAAUGCCACCUACGGCUACGUUUUAGAUGACCCAGACCCUGAUGAUGGAUUUAACUAUAAACAGAUGAUGGUUAGAGAUGAACGGAGGUUUAAAAUGGCAGACAAGGAUGGAGACUUGAUCGCCACGAAGGAGGAGUUUACCGCUUUCCUGCAUCCGGAGGAGUAUGACUACAUGAAGGAUAUUGUGGUCCAGGAAACAAUGGAGGAUAUCGAUAAGAAUGCCGACGGGUUUAUCGAUCUAGAAGAGUAUAUUGGUGACAUGUACAGUCAUGAUGGGAACACUGAUGAGCCUGAAUGGGUAAAGACAGAGCGAGAGCAGUUUGUGGAGUUUCGAGAUAAAAAUCGAGAUGGGAAGAUGGACAAAGAAGAAACCAAAGAUUGGAUCCUCCCUUCGGACUAUGAUCAUGCCGAGGCAGAAGCCAGACACCUGGUCUAUGAAUCAGACCAAAACAAGGACGGCAAGCUCACCAAGGAGGAAAUUGUUGACAAGUAUGAUUUAUUUGUGGGCAGCCAGGCCACAGACUUCGGGGAGGCCUUAGUACGACACGAUGAGUUCUGAGCUGCAGACAGAGGAGCUGUGUCUCUUCAAAAGUAAUUUAUUUUUACAGCUUCUGGUUUCACAUAAGAUUGUUUUCGCUACUGAGACUGUUAUCACGGACCUAAGACGUGACAAGACGUAACCGAAACCAUCCCGUCCCCAUUUCACCUCCUCUCCCAGGGACUGGAGGGGAACAACUCGUAAUUAUUACACUUGUGUUUGUAGAUUUACACUUUGUAUUAUGUAUAACAUGUGUUUAUUUUUGUAUUUGUUCUCUGGUUGGGACUAUGAUAUGAAGGCUUGAGAUCCCCGCCUCGCACUGGUAGGUAAACACUAGCCCUUCACUCUUUGAAAACCCCUUAAUUUUUUUCCCCCUAAUUCUUACUUCACUAAUUUUGAAGCCUGAGAUCAAUAAGAAAUGUUCAAGGGAGAGAAAAGGGAAAGUAUAUCUCACCAUGACUAUUUAGAGCUGACACUUGCCCUUGCCUAGCCAAGAGUAUAGCAUUUCACAGGUUGUGGGGGCCACGUGUUCAUUCAGUUGCUGCAGACCCAGCAUCUGAUCCUGGAAUUCUCUGGGCAAGGAACGAUCCCUGCACUGUAAGAAAUCUUGGCUCCAUUUGAGCCCCUUUUUUUUUAUGGCUCUGUAGGACUCACCAUUUGCUAAUUUUGUCAAACACAGCUGUGGUGGGAGAGUUAGGGCCAGUGUCUUGAAAAUCAAUCAGGGAGGGAGUGAGCUCUCUGCAGAGCUAUAGAUAGAAGCAGCUGG